CGAAAAAAAAAAAAAAACGAACCAAAAGCCCGGAUCAGGCACAGGAAUCCGACUUGCUUGCGGCAGCCCCAGCACUCGCUCCCGAGACAGACUGACAGCCUCGGAUCGGGAACUGAGGGGUAGCAGGAACUGGCAACUGGCAACGACCAGAUCCUAUUCCAUCACCAUCCUCGGCUCUUCCACUUGUUGGUGUUUUUGAUUUUAUUUUUAGUUCUUUUUGGGCAUCGUCGCAAAAGCACAACAGCACAUACCUUGCCGCGCAGGAUACAGCUUGGCGCAUACUGUACAAAUCUCACAAGGCUGUUGUGCAGACCGUCCAUCGAGUCCAUCGAGUCUAAAGGACAAAAGCGGCUCUCCAUCACCCUUCAUACAUAUAGUUGAGAUCCUCACAUACAUGACACUGAGGUGUCCAAGAAGAGAGGAAUAUACACACAAACAACGGCUGCCAAGCUAAAAAGUACGGAAGAGCAACCCGGCACCUCACCUCAAGCAGAACAGGAUGCAUAACGACGAGACGGUGAUCUCAGAUGUGCCAGACAUGAUCAAUAAAGCGCCGAUCAUUCCUGGCCACUCACCCUCUCCGGCUGUGGCUGGCAUGUCGGGGUCAGAGCACAACAACACCACCAUUACCACCACCACGGUCACCACCGAUACUGUCACCACCACCACCCCUACCACAACCGAGUCCGUGCCUAGGCCCGGGCCUGUUGGACAUGGGACUGAAUAUGGUGUUCAGGUUGCCGGGCGUGUCACUGGCUCUGCCUCUGGCUCUGGCAUUCACGAGGACCAGAUUGGUAACGCCCCCGUAACUGGCAUUUCCUCGGAUCAAGCUGGCGCAUCUGGCAUUUCUUCCUCCUCGUCUCCGUCACAGCAACAACAUCAGCAGAAGAAGCAGCAGGAAAAUGAACAUGGGUUGAACACCACCAUUAUUGCCAGCAACAGCUUAAAAACAUCAACUUCCACGGAAGAGCAAGAAGACACUCUCAAGAGCAGUUCAGUUCCCAACACUGGCACCGACAAGACCCCAGACGAGCAGCAGGACAUCAUACCACUUCGAGCCAAGCCGGCCCCGCAUCAGCCAGACCAUUCUGUAGACCACCCUAUCGACCACCCUGGCCACUAUCUAAAGGACCCCGGUGACCCCAGUGACGACCAUCCGGUACAGGCUAGCGAGUCUAACCGCAAUCACCACCCCAGUUGCUGCCCGCGUGCUCAACCUGGCUCGCGGCCCCCCGCGUCGCCGUCGACUUAUAUAAGGUCGUCCCCCUUGACGUCGGAGCUCCCCAACGGUCCUGACGGUGGCGAUCACGAUUCAACCACCCCAUUUAACCCUCAACCACCGUCUACCAUGAUUUUCGCCGACCUGUACAAGUCACCCAGGUCGCCCCUAAAUAAGCUCAGGCACUCGUUUCCUCACCAUCAGCCGGUUGUCCUACCAUCCGACCUUGAUGCCGACCUUGUGAGCAAAGACAAGGCGAAGCAGAAGGAAGCUGUCAGAAAGUACCUUCUUGAGAAGAUUCGAAAUGACUGGGACUUCGAAUGGGCACCUGUGACGCAACCACGUCCAACCGAAGCAGCAGCAACCUUCGAUGAGAAGCAGCCGCAUGAGAAGAGCGAUAUCGCUCAACUUCCACCAGAUAGCACUAUCGCUCCCAACGAGCAUGGAUCACCCAGGAUAGCAGACGGUGCCGUAGCUCAGACCUUUGACGAUGAUGCGCCUCGGGAUCCAGGAGAGGAGGCAGAUUCGGAAUCUGAUGUCGAGUCCGUUUACAGCACGAUAUCAGAAGAUCUCGUUCACUACCGUCCCCGGGCGGAAUGGACCUCGGAUCUCUCAGACAACGAUGAGCCGCCAGCUCCCAACACCUCCUCACCUUUCCGCUUCGACAGCCCCGACGCAGUCGGAACCGCCGUCAAAAGCUCCCUGGAAGCAAAGCGGGCCAAGAGGAGGCGGGCAGUGAGAAAGGAAGCCUCGUGGAAUCCCGGGUUGGCCUGCUUCGAAGCUCGCCGCGAUGCCUGGACAGGCGCCAAGACGUUCCGCGUCAAGCCCAAGCCGAUGUGCCCCGCGUCGCCCACGACAGCGAUGUCAACGACGACCCGCCGUCUCUCCUUCUGGCGCCAUCAUCGCUCGUCCGAGUCGACGAGCGCUGCCGCCGUGGCGCACCCAGCCAGCUCACCACCAGCAGCAGCAGCAGCAGCAACAAACCUCUCCGCCCCUUUGUCACCCACAACCACGCGCAACUCCCAGCAAAGCGCCCAAAGCGACGCCGUAUCCGACACCUCAGCCAGAGGAGCAGGAGCAGCAACAGACAACAGCACCGUCCCCUCCACUUCCCCCACCUCACCAUCUAAACCCGAUACCUACCCUGCCUACCCAGUGCAAACCCUCCUUCCGCUCCCUCCUCCCCUCCUCCCGCCUCAAAACCCCAUGCGCGCCUCCGUCACGCCCUCCAUCUACCCCUCUCUUUACGACAAAAUCAUUGUCAACAACAUGCAGCCCUCCUGCCCCGUCAACCUGGCCGACGUGCUGCGCGCCUGCGUGGUGGGUUGGAAGCGCGACGGCGAGUGGCCGCCCCGAUCGCAGUACACCAACGUUGCCGUGCCGCCCAUGCUGGUGCCGAAACCGAUGAGCGCUGCCGAGAUUGCCGCGCAGAGGCAGCGGAAGGUGGCUCUCCAGAAACAGAUGCAGCAGCAGAAGGAGGCGAGGGAAAAGGCGGCUCGGGAGGCGAGUGAGGUGAGGGAACGGGCUCGGGAGGCGGCUCGGUUGCAGAGGGAGGAGCGGGAGCAGAAGGCGAGGGAAGCGAGGGAACAGAAGGAGGAGAGGGAGAAGCAAGAGAGGAUGGAGAGGGCGGCGGAGAAGCAGAGGCGGAAGAGCGAUGCUACUGCGCAAGGGGGGGCGCCGGGUGCAGGAAGAAGAUCCAGUAUUGUGGCGUUGGUGGGCGGAGUGGUGAAUCAUUUGACGAGGGUGCCGACGGCGGAGGAUAGGGAUCGGGAGAGGUCGGGGAGUCAGAGUGAUGAGAAUCUUGGAGGAGGAGGAGGAGGAGGAGGAGGAGGGAAGGGCGGGAUAAGGAGGAGUUUGCAAAAGGUGUUUUCGUUGGGGCAUGGUGGGGGUCAGGGACACCAGGCUAAUGGCAAUCCUCUUGCUUAAAAGGAGAAUGAGGGUGGAUGUGAAUGGAAAUGGCCGAGAUGGGAAGAGUUUAUACCACAAGAGAUAUGAGAGCAUUGACCAAGGUGAAGAUGGCACGUCAACGUUUUCUUUGGAAAUGAAUGGUGUGUGCGUGUGUGUGUUUAUGACAUGUCAUGACAUGGGGUAAUGGGAAUGGAAUGUUUGGAAGUUUGAAAGAAAGGGCAAUCGGAAAAGCAAGCUUAAACUGAUACCCCCAAGGUCUUUUAUUAAUUGGAUUUCUUUUUAUUUUUUUAAAUAUUUUUUUUUUUUUCCUUGGAUGGAACCACGAAGCUGGGCGAGCAUGGAGAGAGAACAGGGAGGGAGG